AUGGCGGCCGAGGUGGAAGGGGAGAGGUGGUGGUCGAGGAGGUACAGCUGCAGGCGGCAGCCGAUCCGGGUUGGUUGCCUCGUCGCCUCGUCGGUUUCCUUCCCCUCCGGCGAGCUCCACGGCGGCGCCGACGACGGGAUGGACGCGCAGCCUAACUGGAGAGCUGGGGCGGCGUCGUCUAGGCUCUCGUACAAGAACGCCACCAUCGCCGUGUGCGCCUUUAACCUCCUCGUUGCGGCCCUCCUCCUCCACAACUACUUCUCGUCCUGGACGCGCAUCGCCGGCGGGGACAGGCUCGAUUCCGGUACGGUUCCGUGA